GUUAGCUAAUCAAUAGCCGCCCCCCAUUUCGGGCCAGCUGAUCGUGGCAUUGAUUGCAAGCCAGUGGAAAUGGCAGAGGCAACGUCAGCUGAUUCGUUCAAAAUGGAUGAGAUCGUGUUUGCCCAGAAAUAUGGCUACAUACCCUGGCCGGCCAAGCUGAUAGACAAAUCGAAUAGUCGCAAUGGGAUGGUGCAGUUCGUGCUAACCAAUGAUCGCCACCUAAUACCCUAUGGCAAAAUAUGGAUUUACAACGAGCAGAGCAAACGACAAUUUGUCACAAGACAAACAACGGAUUAUGAGGAUUUUCGUAGAGCAAUUUAUAUAGCGGAAUAUCUAGUACAGAGAGCCCUCGAUACAAGUACGGCAGCCGCGGCGAACGCGCCCUGCUUAAGGAUCUCGCCCAGCCAGCAGGAGCUGCACUUCUUGCAGGAGGUGCGCAAACAGCGCAGCACGCUUCAAGUUGAGCCACUUUUUAUAGGACAAGUCAACAAACUGCGCAGCAGCCUAACCCAACGCCAGCAAAACUAUGCAGCCGCACAGUUAGCAUUCCAGGAGCUGCUCGAGCUGCCCAUUAGCCAGCUGUUGCUCGUACGCAACCAGGAGGCGGUGGAGUCCAUAAGACUGCUCUGUCGCUUUGUCAACUGUGCGCCUGCAAAUCCAGCUGAUCCGGCGCUGGUGCGAGAGCUGGCCGGGCGGCUAAUUAAGCGCUUUGCAAAAGUCUUUACGCAACCCUUUACCAUGCCAGACUUCUGGUGCGAAUACUGCAUGCUGGCCGGCAUCUAUAGACGCCAUACGGUGGAAAUUGACAAUCAGUCAAAGUGACGUUAAGGCAAAAUAAAUACACUGCUGACAGCGCCACUU